AGGUGGGUGGCGUGGUGACAGUCUUCGUCUCCUCGGGUGGAAACUUCCUGAAGAAGUGUUGAGAGGGCGGAGGCUGGGGGGAGAGACAUCAGAGAGAGAAAGAGAGAGAUAAAUUCCUCCAUCAUGACCACCUUGCGGCCGUUCCUGUGUGAGGACAUGUUCCACUUCAACAACGUCAACCUGGACCCCCUCACGGAGACGUACGGCCUGUCUUUCUACCUGCAGUACUUGGCUCACUGGCCCGAGUACUUCCAGGUGGCCGAGUCAUCCAGUGGAGUCAUCAUGGGAUACAUCAUGGGCAAGGCUGAGGGCCACGGAGAGAACUGGCACGGCCACGUGACGGCCCUGACAGUGGCCCCUGAGUACCGACGCCUCGGCCUGGCCAAGCAGCUCAUGGCCAUCCUGGAAGACAUCUCUGAAAAGAAACGGUGUUACUUUGUGGACCUGUUUGUUCGAGUCAGCAAUGUUGUCGCCAUCACCAUGUACAAGAAACUCGGCUACAUAGUGUACCGAACCGUCUUGCAGUAUUAUUCGGGAGCGCCGGAUGAAGAUGCAUACGACAUGAGAAAGGCGCUGAGCCAAGAUGUUGAAAAAAAGUCAGUGAUUCCCUUGAAGAAUCCCAUCAGGCCCGAGGAGCUUUAUGCUUAAGCCCGUUAGACAUGAGGAAGGCGUUAUCCCGUGACACCCAGCAGAAGUCGGUCAUCCCACUCGCACAUCCUGUCAGACCCGAGGACAUAGAAUAGACAUAGGUACAGGUGCCUUUUGUGCCACCAGCUUCUCUUCAUUGUUUAAGGAAUAAUCUUUCAGUGAGUUCAGCUUUCUGUUUGUUUGUUUCCUCAUGUCUGUACUGAAGUUUGGUUCUUUAUUUCUGCGUCCUCUAUGCCAGACAGUUGUAGAAUUGCCCUUGGCACCUUCUCAUUGCUUAGAGUAUGACAGUUUCUUUUUGCUUCUUAUGCGUUUCAAUUUGGUGUUUUUGGAGGAACAUGAUAUUAAAAAUUCCUGUUUAUUUCAUACUUAACACAUUUACUUACAUUUAACAUGAGCCAAACAACAAAACAGCUCAACUUACCAUAUAUAUAUAUAUAUAUAUAUAUAUAUAUAUAUAUAUAUAUAUAUAUAUAUAUAUAUAUAUAUAUAUAUAUAUAUAUAUAUAUAUAUAUAUAUAUAUAUAUAUAUAUAUUCCAAUGAAUAAAAAAGGUUCAUUAUUUUUCAUUGUUUAGAAGAAAUUAAUGUUAAUUAAAACACUAUUGAAAAAUCUUGCGUUUCAUACUGAACACAUUUUACUUACAUUGACAUGAACCAAACAACAAAACACCUUGACCGACCAUGUCUAUAAUUAUGCUCUGAGGAUAAGAUUGAAUCAUUGUUUGAAAGAACAUAAUGUAAAAAAAAAAAAAAAAAAAAAAAAAAAAAAAACUCCUUCAUACUUAUACCUAUUGCUUACAUUACUGUGAACCAAACUCCUUGACUCAGCUUCCAUGUGUUCUUAUAAAAAAGAAUUCUUAAAUUACAAAGAAGACAUGAAGAAAAUGUGUGGAGGAGGACCUGGCUGCUUCUGGUGUUAAUGUGAAAGAAGCAACUGAUAAAAAUAUUGGAGGACAGUCAUUGAACAUCAAACCGGAUAAUUAAGAAACAGAUGAUGGUAUUGAUACAUGAGCUUCACUUUGCAUGGCCAUUUCAGCAGCACAACACAAGAAGAGCUGCCUGUGUGUGGAGGCUGUAAGACUUGUUUAUUUUGGUGACAUGUACAGGCUUUUAUGUCAGCUCUUUGAUGUAUUUAUUUCUUACUUCAGCAAUAUGGUGAAGUAAGUGAGACAGGUGCCGUAGGAAAAGCACAAGUGACAUUUUUUACAAACAAGAAGUGCAGACUCAAAGAUUGGUGAACAUUGAUCUGUAAAUAGUUUUGGAACCAACUAUUUUUCUGCUGCUUUCUAGAUUUUAUAAAUAUUUGCAGGAGGGAACACAUGACACUGAGAAAUAGGAAACCGUCCAGAAAUGCAAAGUGCUGGCAACUGUGGUUUGGCGGCGGUGAUUGUUAUGUCCUUACUACAGCACUCGCCUCAAACUCUCAUGCAUAUUAUUUUUUGAACAUUUCAUCAAUAGAGUUUACUCCUUUUAACUGAACAUUAUUUUUUUUCUAAUGGAACUGUUGAAGGAAGUAGAUCAAGUAUAUGAUGGCCUGGUUUGUUCAUGUCUGAGUUGUGACUUCACGCCAUGUUUUGUAUGAUGAGGUUUCUACAUGUGUGUACAAUUGGCUGUAUAGAUGACUUGGUUGAAUGGACCUGUCAUUAAUGAGGGCAAAGCUAUAGUUGUGCUGCAGCCUGAGUACACUGCUUAAUACUCUGUGGAUGGAGAGCAAUAUGGCUUCCAGGUGUGUGUAAUUUUCAUUGAGAUUGUUCAGGCUGGAUACAAUACUGUGUUGUUAACUACAGCAGCAUGAUAAGAGCAUCAGUUACAUAAAAAAAAUAAUAAAGCUUUUAUUGGUA